AUGGUGGAGGGAGCGGCGGAGCUGGAGGCCUUCCGUCGCCGUUGGAGAGCGGAAUUGUCUCGGAGCCGGAGGAGCGGCAGCGAUGCCCGCCCGGGGAGGAAGAGGCGGCGGCCGCAGCCGGAGCCCGAAGGGGCAGCAGCCCCGGAGCCCGUGCAGGGGUGGGGCGGCUUUGGGGGGAUCCCUCGUGGAGAGCCGGUCGCGGGGCCUUGCGUGCGCCCCUGUAGCCCCAGCGCGCUGGUCCCUGGGCCGCAUCCCGCGCCUGGCCCCGGCUGCACCCAUGACACCCCCGGAGAAGGGAAGGAAGACUUCCUGGGGCAGCUCAUCCGGGACUUGAACGAAAUAAAUGAAGUUCCUUUCUUUGAUGUUCAGCUGCCUUAUGAACUGGCAUUAAAAAUCUUUUGGUUCCUUGGUCGGACGGAACUUGGAAGGUGUGCUCAGGUGAGCAGAGCCUGGAAAGUACUUGCAGAAGACCAAGUCCUUUGGUUCCGGUUAUGCCAACAGGAAGGCUACAUGCUUGACAAUCAGGUCUCUGACUCUCCUUGCUGGAAAGUGACUCUCCAAGAAUGCCGUGCAAAGGAGCAGGCUUUAAGAACCAACUGGAAGAAUCGCAUUGGUGCUGUGAACCAGCUGCAGUAUGAACUUGGGAAAGUUCUGUGUGAUGUACAUUCUUGUGACGGAGUGGCUAUUGCUGGGUACACGUCGGGGGAUGUGAAGUUGUGGGACACACGCACCUGGGACUACACAGCCCCUGUCCUAGAACCAGAUCAUGUUUUGGCUGAGCCUGGAUCUCGGCCACACGCCUCCUUUGUGAGGAUAAACAGCUCGCUGGCAGUGGCAGCUUACGAGGACGGGACGGUCAAGGUGUGGAGCCUGAUGAUUGGUCGGGAGCCCAUCCAUCAUUACCAGCACAAUCAAAAGAUACACGCCGUGGCCCUUUCACCUGAGGGGGCAACUGUAGCAACGGCAUCCGCCUUCCACAUCAAAGUGGAAAGUGCCAACGACAAGGGGUACUGGGAGACCGUUGCAGACUUUGAACUCCAAAAACUGGUCAACUCGCUUAACCUGGUCCCCAAAGUUACAUGCUGUCCUGUAGCAGUCGCCGCCGCCGAUGAGGCCGUUUACCUUCUGAAGGCAGGAGAACCCGCAAAAGUUCUGCAUUCUGUCUACGGCCAGCCUGUCACGUGUCUGGACGUCUCAGCCAAUGAGGCGGCGUUUGGAGUCAAAGGCUUCAGCUGGCUGAUCAACGAAACCAACAAGAUCCUCCUCUAUGACCUGGAAACCGGACGGUGCAUCACACAGCUCGGCAGCUCCUUGGGCGACUUCUCCUGCGUCAACCUCCAGGAUAGCCCUCCUUGCAUGUUGGUGACCGGAAAUAAGGACAGGAGAGUGAGGGUAUAUGACCUCCGUAGAAGCGACCCUGUCUGCUCACUCUACGGCCACCAGCUAGGCAUCUCAGCAGUGCAGAUGGACGACUGGAAGGUUGUCAGCGGAGGAGAAGAUGGGCUGGUCUGUGUGUGGGACCAGCGGAUGGGCACCAAACUCUGGGAAAUGCAUGCUAGGCACCCUGUACGACACAUCUGGUUCAACAGCCAUAGCCUCAUCACUGCCAACAUUCCCAACGAGAAGACGCCCCGUGGUGCCAGCAUCAUGGACGAUGACCUGACAGCUCACCGCAGACACCGAGGAAUCAUCUACGCCUAUGAGUUCUCUGUGGACCAGCUAGCCGUGGAGAGCAUCCUUCCCAUCUGCCGCUCCUCUUACAACGAAACGGUUGGCUACAACUACAACAUUGGCCUGGCUGUCCCCUACGACAACAUCUAGGCAG